AUGGCUGCUCAUCAGAGCAAUCGCACGCAAGCUAAUGGAGUCCUCCCUAUCACAGCAUCACAGACCUCAGGCAAUACAUCCAGACAGGCCGCAGCAAAGCCUCCAGCUCCUAAACUGAAGGUUAUUAUCAGAAGACUCGCGCCGGGCCUUACAGAGGAGGAGUUUACAACAAUUCUUGGCGAUGAGUGGAAGUUGGACCAAGGAAAGGUUGACUGGUUUCUCUACAAGCCGGGAAAAGACUCCAAAGAUCCUUCCAAGCCAUCUCGACCUUCUCGCGCAUACCUUCACCUUACAAGCGAAGCCCACCUUUUAAGUCUGUCGGAAACUGUACGUCAAUUGACUUUCGAAGAUGCCCAGAAUACUUUUACAAGCCCAGCACUUGUUGGACCUCCCACCGUGGAAUUCGCCUUAUAUGGCCGAAUCCCCGGUGGUAGACGUCGUACGGAUGCUCGCUCAGGAACCAUCGACCAGGAUCCAGAAUUUAUGGCAUUCUUGGAGGGCCUAGCGAAUCCAACCACUACAAAGGAAGUUAAUGCCGAUUCACUCGUAGAUGGAACACCAGCAAAGCCCGAAAAGCUUACAACAACACCUUUGGUGCAAUACCUCAAGGACAAGAAGGCCAAUAAGAACAAGGAUGCGGCGGCCAAAGCGGCAAAGAAGCAGGAAUUACAGCUUGCUAAGAGCAAGUCUACAAAGGAGUCGCCAAUCCUAUCUGAAGAUGUAAAAAAGAAAGGCAGGGAUGCCAAAGCAGAUAAGUCGGUUGAGAAGGCUGCUAAAGAAGCGGUCAAGAUUCUCAAUAGACAGGCUGCUGAAAACUCAACAACACCAGCAUCUCCAGCUGCGCAGCAGGGAUCAGGAGAGAGCACUGCAAGCCCUAAGCUUGACAUUGCAAAGGUUCCUGGUCGACAAAGAGGCGCUGUGAUUGCAGCUCAUAUCCGCAUGCUGCAACGUGACCUUGGACUUAGUCCAGCACAAGCCCAUCGCCAAGUCAGACGUGAUACAGCUGAUGCUCAAAAGGCUGAGAGAGCCGCUGCUGCUGAGAAAGCCGCUGCUGAGCCAAAAGAAACAAUUUCACCUCAAACACCGCAGUCCUCGGCAGUUCCAGUAGCUCCAAAAAGCAACUCGGCACAAGCAAAUAACAGAGCAUCUCGGGGUAAAGCGCCAGAGGUGGAAACGAGCAAGGCUGCACCCCCAUCGACUUCAACUCCUGCAUCUGCCGGUCCUUCGACCCCCAUGGUCUUACUCAAGAAACCUAAAGCGCCUCAGUCACAGGUAGCACCACCCGCUUCUGCCCCGGCUGCUCAGGCAGCCAAGCCUGCGCCAGCUGCUACUGCUCGGAAGCCAGCACCUAUCGCCGUCCCUUCUGAAGGUGCCAAGCAAGCUUUCGUUAAGCAUGCGAAUCCUUCCCAGGGUGUGACAGAACCUCUUCUGAAAGAAGCCAUGGAACAGUUCGGUGCAGUGUCAAUGGUGGAGAUUGAUAAGAGAAAGGGCUUUGCUUACGUUGAUUUUGUUGAGCCGGAAGGACUGAAGAAGGCCAUGGCAGCAAACCCUAUUUCGGUUGCUCAAGGCACGGUUCAAGUCAUGCAGCGUAAGGGAACCGCACUUCCCCCCGAGAAAAAGCUACAGCAUCAAGCUCCACAUGCACCUUCUCGUGGAGGACGAGGCGGUAGAGGUGGAUCUUCGGGAAGACGGGGUGGGAGGGGUGGUGCGAGAGGUGGCCCGCAAGGAGGUUCUUCGGAUGCCGCAAAGGCUCCAGCUUCCGCACCUACUGGACCAGCUGCCAAGUAG